AUUUCCACAUUAAAAGUGCAAAUUAAUAAAGAUAAAGCUCUUCGCUGCUAACAUUAGCGUUUAGGGUAGGUUUCAAUUCCCCAAUUAGUAGAGUCUCCUUUAUCUUGCAACGUGUAUCUGACAGACCUUUUACUAUUAUCUCAAAGUGGUCCCAUUUUAAGUUGUGACCAGUUGACGUGACGUGUUCUGCGAUAGCUGUGCAUGACAGCUACUCGUGAACGCUUUAAAAUGUUCAGUUUUUCUGUCAUGCAAUGCAUGUUUUGUUUUUCCAAUGUAGAAAUCCUAGCAGUCCCCACAACUAGCCUUAAUGGCAAUUCUGAAACCUGAAAAUAUUUAACUGGUCGGUUAACAAUUAACUUGCUUGAUCACAAUAGAGUCACGCUUUACUUCGUGACGUUCUCUAUUGUGUUUGGCGUUACACUGGUGUAACUCCCCAAAAUUGCGCAUGCCUACAAAAAAGAAAUUGCAAACAUCCGUACAUUAGGAAUGCAGGAAUGGCAUCACAUAACCUGCUGCUAGAAUUGUCACAGGCAUAGGAGGUAAAAUAGUUAGCCUGCUAGGGAUGAUGAUUUAUAAGUCUCUGCACGGUUUGGCUCCAGAAUAUCUAAUUCGAGAGGCGAGAAACCGCAUAUAAUUUAAAGGACUCUGAGAAUAAAAUAAAUGAUCCAUUGCUGCGUACAAACUAUUAUAAAAAUAGCUUUAGCUAUAGUGGCGCCGUCCUUUGGAACAGCCUUCCUUGUGACUUAAGGGAAGCAGAAUUUAAACGCCAAGUCAAAAGAGAUGUUCAAGGCACGGCAUUCGUGGAAAACAGCUUUUUUUAUUUAAUUAUUUCUUACUAUAAGUUAUUAGUAGUUUUAGCUGACGAAUUUUUAACCUUGUUUAAAUAAAGAUUAUCUAUCUAUCUAGCAGUUACGUUUGCGUUACAAGCGAUUUGAUUAAUGUGUGACAUUUUAUAAACGCUCGCAAGCACACAUCACCCGAUUCGAACUACAAGGUCAUUCAAUGUCAUGUGUCAGUGGGCAGUAAACAAUAUCAACAAUCGAAAGGUCAAGAAUGUAAAUUUGUAUAGAUGCAAAGAAUGAUUGAUCUUCGCGGUUACUGAAUCGUGAAUAAUCAAAAUUCAACUGAACAUCAAAGCAGGACGGUGCUUAAGGUGAACUAAGGUUCGAAGACCGGCAGUGAAGGGGUGCUUUUGGCUCUUCUAUCCCCGCAUUCUAUCGGACAUUCUCCGGUACAGUAUUUUUGAAACAGGUUAUCUAUUCAACUCAGCAAAGCCAUGGCGUUAUCUCAGUCGUUUGCAUGUGGCUUGGUAGUGAUAUUCGCAAUUCAGUGGAGUUGCUUUGCGGCAAAAUUUGCGAUGAUCUCGAUGAAAGGAAGGAGUCACUACAUGGUUCUCGAAAGGCUGGGAAAAGAGCUAGAAUCAAGAGGUCACGAGGUGGUGAUUUUUGUUGGAGAGUGUGAAAAGUACGCCCUGAAGGACUCAAACAUUCGAACAUUCGAGUGUUCAGAAGAAAUAAACAAACUGGUUGAUCCCACCGCUAUAGCUGGUUUAAAAGUAGUUUGGUAUCAUUACUGUGAUGCAAUGCUCGGCCAUCAUAACAACAUGAACGAAGCCAAGACUGCUGACCUCAUUAUUGGGGACGCCAUGUACCUGUGCUCGUUUCUGGUAGCAGAUAAAUUCUCCUUACCACAUGUUACAGUUUUGAUGAGCCCUCUGAGUACAGCACUUCGCCUACCGUAUAACUUUGCUGAUCUCCCGUCCUAUAUACCCCAGAUGUUUUCCGGGUUGACCGAUGACAUGAACUUUCUACAGAGAGCAGGGAAUAGCCUUCGGUGGUUCCUUGGUCGUUUGUCUUCACCGAACGCGCUUCAUAGCGUCUACGGAGGGCUGAAAGAGAAGUAUAAUAUUACGCCAGAAAAAACUUUGCAGCAGACUUUCCAAAAAGUUGAUAUCGUUCUUGUUCAAUCGGAUCCCCUCGAUUAUCCACGACCACAUUUGCCAAAUACUAAGCUGGUCGGACCACUACUAUCAAGUCCAGCUGAAUCACUUGCAGAAGAGCUAGAGCAAUUUGUUAGGGGGUCUGGUGACAAAGGAGUUAUACUCGUGUCUUUUGGAUCAAUCCUUGGUGAAAUAAGCGAUCAGACAAUUUCAACAAUGGCUGAUGUGUUUUCUACUUUGCCGCAAAGGGUUAUUUGGAAACUUAACACAGACGGGAAAAAAUUAACUCUUGGCGAGAACAUAAAGGCUUUGUCAUGGCUGCCACAGAACGAUAUUCUAGGCCAUCCGAAGACUCGUUUGUUUAUCGGACACGCUGGAAUGAAUGGAUUGCUGCAGGCAGGUUACCAUGGUGUUCCUAUGAUUUGUGUGCCCUUCUUUGGCGACCAGUUUGACAACUCCAUUGCUGCAAAGUACUUUGGGAUGGCAGAGAUUUUGUACCAGGAGUCAAUUACUACAGAGUCUCUUCUGAACACUAUAAACACUGUUAUAAACAAUGCCAGUUACCGCGAGUCCGCAGCUCGAAUUUCCAAAUCCAUCAAAUUGCGUCCCCGCACUUCUAUACAAGAAUCCGCCGACUGGGUGGAGUACACACUGGCUCAAGGUGGCUUACCGCACCUCAGGCCGAAAAGCCUGGAUCUACCAUUUUACAAGCUUUACCUUUUGGAUGUGUUAUUCGUGUUUGUUGUACUGUUGAUUGUCGUAUUUGUAGCUGUUUAUUCAGUGAUAAGGUGUUUUUGUCGAUUGUGCUUUAAGUCAAACCCAAACAAAGCAAAAUCUCACUAGACAGCUGUUGUACCGUGUUUUCUCGAUUAAACGCCGGGCCAACCUCGUUUCCAGGGUCUCUCUUCCCUCCCUCUCUCUCGCUCCAGGGGGCGGUAUGUGUUUGAAAGCUGAAGAAAGUUUUAUUACCAAUAAGAGCCGAAUUUUCCGCAACUUCGUUUAAAUAUCAUUGACUACAAAGAAAGUCAGCGUCUGACUUUGUUUUACAAGUUAAAUGUUGCAUUUAUGUAGUGAAAUUGAUGUAUUUUAAUACAUCAAAAUGGCAAAAUGACAAACGAUAGGUUGACAAAAAUGAUGAAAAAAAUACCCUCGUUUGAUGAACCGUGUGUCCCGAAUAGAUCAGUUUCAAUAUAUUAAAAUUCAGCCUAAAACAAUAGACCUCAGCACGAGGGUCCGGGGAAUAAACCCCACAAACUCCG